UAUGAGCUUGAUUUGUUGCUUGAGUUUGACGAAUUUUGAUUUGUUUAUUCAUAUGUGAUUUUAAAUCUAUUUGUUAAAUAUUUUUUUUUAACAAAGACUGUAAUUAAUUAAUUCUAAAACCCUAAAAUGUUGGCGUCGCACUGCUGAACCCAGUUGAGGUUUUCCUCAUUUCAUUCACCUCUUCUCUUUCGGAUAGAAUUUUUCAAAGAAUUCAUCAAUGGCUUAUAGACGCUGCCUCUUACAAAGAGGGAAAAACCUCAUAGAUCGAAGAUGCAACCCUUCUUUCACCUAUAUUCUCCAUAGCGACGACGAAGGAAAACAACGCGACCAGCCAGAUUCAGCAGGAAGAAUCAGUAAUAGCUUUACCCAAACAAGGUCCUUUGGAUUUGGUAACUCUCUUAAUGGAUCAAUGGGUUUUUCCCCAUCUUCUCCAUUCGCUGCUGGAUAUUAUAAUAAUUUCUGUAGAAAUAUGUCCACGACGCCGGAUCAGGGUUUCGAUAAGAUCACCGAAUUGACUACUGAUGUAGCUCAUGUUCUCUCCGACACGGCCGUCGAUGCUAUAUCUUCUCAGGCUGCUCCCGUUGUUAGUGAAGUUGCCAUUGCUGCUGCUGAUUCUUUUUUGCCUGUUCAAGUCUUGCAGUAUGCCAUCGAUGCUGUUCAUACCUACACCGGCCUUAACUGGUGGUCGGCCAUUGUUGUAACAACACUCUUAAUUCGAAUCGCAACUGUCCCACUCUUAAUAAAUCAACUCAAGACUACUUCUAAGCUUACUAUCAUGAGGCCUCGCUUGGAAGAGUUAAAGGCAGAGAUGGAUGGGAAGACAUUUGAUCCCCAGGCUGUUGCUGAAGGUCAGGAGAAGAUGAAACAGCUAUUCAAAGAAUAUGGCGUGACUCCUUUUUCGCCAUUGAAGGGACUCCUUAUUCAAGGUCCUGUCUUCAUUAGUUUUUUUCUUGCGAUAACAAACAUGGCUGAAAAAAUGCCAUCGUUCAAGCAUGGUGGAGCUUUCUGGUUUACUGAUCUCACAACUCCAGAUGCCUUAUACGUUUUUCCAGUUUUGACUGCAUUGUCAUUCUUAGUAGUAGUAGAGUUUAAUAUGCAAGAAGGAAUGGAGGGAAAUCCUAUGGGUGACACCAUGAAAAAAUUCUCGAGGGUUCUUGCUUUUCUUUCAGUUCCUUUCACCAUGAGUUUUCCAAAGGCGCUAUUUUGUUACUGGCUUACAUCGAAUUUGUUUUCAUUUACAUAUGGAAUGGUGCUUAAAGUUCCUGGUGUAAAGAAAACUUUGGGUGUUCCUGAUUUACCUCCUCCAGACCCCACCAGAUCUCCGCCAGCUCCCUUCUCUAUACUUGAAGAAAUAAAAAAAGCUGCGUCAGCCGCGAAGGCUGCAUCAGCCGCGAAUGCUGCAUCAGCUGCAAAUGGUCAAACAUCAUUGCCUGUUGAAUCAUCAAAACAACCAACUAAGAAAAUAUCUUCUUCCUCUUCUUCUUCUGCUGCUGUUAUUAGUCAAAGGCUUAAAAGCUUAGAGAAACAAGUAAAAGGAAGAAAGAAAAACAAGAAGUGAUUAAGUUUUUACUAGUUCCUUAAUUAUGCCAUUUAACAUGUGUAGCAAAUAUGCUUAGAUUUUUGUCGUAUUGUUAUUAUCCUUGGAUGGAGUGGAAAUUAGGGGUUUCAUUAAGAUAGGGAGGAGAAAAUAAUUUUUUUUCCAAAGGCUUAUGAUCGAUUUUGCUGAGGAAGCUAAAGCUUUUGGUCAACCAUGGUUUACAUUUAUUUAUUUUUAUUUAUGGUAUAUAUGGACGAAAUACAUGAAGGAUUUAAAACCCUUGGAUACAGCAUAAUAAUUUAUUUGGUAUGCCCAACAUUAUAAUGAUAUAGAUUUCUUA